AUGGCAGAAGUCAACUUCUGUCCUUCACAUCCAGUUGGCGAAACGGAUGAUAGUCUGGAAACCAUUAGAGUUGAGCUUCUGAAUGAUGUCACACGAAGAAACAGUGUGUCAGAUGUUAAACAAAAGAUGUCAAGAACAUUCUCGUACCGACGAAAAGAGGUGGUGCAGGGAAGUCUUUCUGCUGGGGAGUUCAAAGCUAGGUGGCCAGCGCUUUUUCAGAUCAGUGAGAUAAAUGCCGAAUUUCAGAGGAUUACAACUCUUCAACUUGAGACAACUUUCAUGGCAGAGUUGGACAAUCUUGCACCUCAGCUUGCAUCUAUUUUUCAGAAGAAGGGUGGUAUUUGUGGCCAAAAGCUUGUCCAACAUGUGCAGAUCAUUCAAGAGGCUACAAGUGAUGUUGAAGACAGAAGAGUAGCAGUUCUCAAAGGACUUUGCCUCUACCUUGGUGAGGAUGAUGAAAGUCUUAUCCGAGAGUACAUGGACAUUGAUGGCAACAGCAUCCUGAGUGACCUGCAGAUGUACGCCAUGGGUAUUUAUGCCAUCAACAAGGAAGGUGGACGAAAUGGACAUUAUGAUGACGUUGGGAUAUUUGUUGAAGGCGUUAUCAUCAUGGACAACAUCAGAUCUCCAGCUCAGGCUUGUGCAGCGAUGCUUGGAGUAAUCUAUGCACUGAACCUGGCCUAUCCCAAGGAUUUGAGACGUUACUAUGAAUUCAUUCAGAAAGUGCUGAUGAAAUUGGAUGGAGAAAAGCUUUCCCCUAAAGUUCUUGGGCUAAAGAACAAGCUUGGUGGGCAGUAAGUCACACAAGUAAACACCAGCAAGCUGUGUCAAAUGUAGCCCUGGGAAUGCUGCAACUUUGACGAAGACAGGAUGCUAU